AUGAAGUAUUUCACCGUCGUCGCUGCCCUCGCUGCUACCGGCCUCGCACAGAGCAUCGUCAUCAGCACCCCCGCCGCCAAUUCUACCGUCAGUGCGGGCCAGCCCAUUACGGUCGAGGUCGACAAGCAGAACACCUUGACCGGGUCGAUUGAGGUCGCACUCGUGCUCUCGAUAGUGCCCUGCCCGGCCGACGGAUGUACCGACCCUAGCUACAACCCGUCUGACGAUCUCGGCCAAAUCUUCUACAACGGGGCCUACAACCCCCAGUCCCAGCCCGGAGCUCCUCAGAAGCCACCUCACCAGAACUUCACGGUGCAGGUUCCGACGUCGUUCACCAGCGGCGAGAAUGUUGCUCUCAUCGCUACGCAUCUCAACUUGGUCGGCGCUGGGCCCGAGCCCGUUCUCCAGGUUCUCUUCGUUCCUUUGACUGUACUUUGA